CGUUUGUUUUUGUUUGGUUUUUCUCUGCCCAAAAAGCAAACCAAAAACUUUGCAAGCUAAUAGCUAAUUCGUGAGCAUUUUACAGUUGCAGCAUUUCUUUUUUUGUUCCUCUUCAAGAUUGAUACAUAUUUUGUGAUUUAAGUUUAAAAGCUGUAGAAUAGACCUAAAGUUCGGAUAAAAUCUUGAAAAUAAGACAAUUUCAAAAUGUACGGACCACCAGAAACCGACUCAGAAGAUGAUUACGAUGGCUUCAGUUUUGGAGAUACUAUCAUUGAAGACCAUCGACGCCAAAAUCACUUUGUCUUUGAACAAAAAUCAGAUCACGACAUAGAACAAGCGAUAGAAGAAGGCGAACUUAAUAAAUUAACAGACAUAAUUGAAGAAGGAAAUAUUAAUAUCAACAAUCCGCUUGGAAAUGGUACGAUUAUGUUAGCACUCGCAUGUAGAGCAGGUCAAUUGGAAAUAGUUAAAUAUCUCCUUGGACAAAAGGCUAACGUUAAUAAACAAGUUGAAUCUGUAACGCCUCUAAUGGAAACAUGCGCCUGCAUAAAACAGUGUCGAGAGGUAACUGAAAUAGCGAAGCUAUUACUAGCUGCCGGCGCUGUUGUCAAUGUGUCUGACAAAUAUGGAACCACUCCAUUUAUGCUAGCAUGUCAAAACGGUCACAUGGACGUGGUGCGACUUUUCAUUAAUGAUGUUUCGUUUGAUGCAGUUGAUAAUCAGGGUUGCACUCCAAUUUUCCAUGCAAUUGAGAACAAUCGGGCCGAUAUAGUGAAGUUUCUGGUAGAGUCUGGAGCUAAUGCAUCAGUUGCAAACAAAAAAGGUUACACACCGCGUCAAGUUGCACAGUUUCAUGGUUUCUAUGAUAUUUUAGAAAUGUUGCCAAAAGAAAAAGGUCAACCUUAUCAAGUUCCGACAACAUUUCUAUCGUACAACAGUAUCUGCGAUAUGAUUCCAAGAAUAUUUCUCAAAAGUGAAUGUCCAGAGUAUUUCCAAGACAUUAAUCUCAUAUUGAUGAACAUGGGAAUGGAAAAUAUUUUGGAGUAUUUUGCUAAGGAAAAAACCUCGUUGGCAGACUUUUUAACAAUGAAUGAAGAAAGACUGGAAGAAAUUGGUAUUGAAUAUCCUAUUCAUCGGUUGAAAGUACUAAAAGGUUUAUUAAAUUUCCAUCUAAAUCAGUGGACAAAACGAUCGAUCGCCAGAGUACAAAAGGGACGUCCAGAUAAUCCUAUUCAUUUCAGUUUUUAUGAAAUACUUGUUUUGUCAGCAAAUCAUCUUCAAAAUCUUGUUAUCAUAAAUUCGUCUUUGAAAUACGUCAAAUACAACUCGCAGUGUGGUCAUUUUGGACCUAUAAGCACCGACAUCGUUCAAAGUCUUCGAAAAAAUCUUCAAAAUUACAGAGCUGUCAUGAAGGAUCUUAACCAGACAACAUCAUACCUCCAAUCAUUCAGUCCAGCGUUCCCACCACUAUAUAUUGACUAUGAUGACUAUUUGGCUGAAAAGAAGAAAAACACUACCAGAAAAAUACUUAAAUACACAUUCUUUGUUGCUGUUUCGGUUGUUAUUUGUCUAAAAAUGCAAAAAAUCUUUUGAUAUUAUAAAUAGUUCUGUACAUUGUGAAAUCAUUCCCCGAAAACAUAUAAUGUAGUAUAGAUGUUGAUUAAUUUUAUUAUAAAAGUUUAAUAUUCUGUUGCUUGAAUUCAUUUAAGUUACUUUUAUAUUCGUGUAAAAAUCACUGAAUAUUAUAAAAAAAGAGUAGUCCAACUACACAUUAAAACUGAAUUUAUUUUAUUA